CUCUUUCACAAUCCCUUUUCUCUCCCUCUCAAACUUUUACAUUACUGCAGCUGGACCAUCAGAAGGAAUCGCCGCGGUGAGCGUCCUGCAUCCGCCUUCUAGACCAUCAAGAAGGCCAUCGACGUCACUCUCGUCAACGACACUCCCUCUUCUUCCUCCAUCCUACCUACUCUCUCUCUCUCUCUCUCUCUCUCUCUCUCUCUCUCUCUCUCUGCAGACGUGCACCCCUCGUCAUUUCAGGGAGAAUAAAGGAUUAUCUUUUCAAGACUGAUAGAGAUGGCAGAUGAAGCCAACAGAACUGCAUUCCUUGAAAUUCAAGGUCGCAUGAUUGAGAGUACUGGAAAAAUGAAACAGGUGCAAAACCAGAUGCGUUCCAAAGAAGCAGAAAAGAAACGGGCUUAUUUGACCUUGGAGGAGCUGAAGCAGUUACCUGAUGAUACUAAUGUUUACAAAUCCAUUGGGAGAACGUUUGUGCUAGAGUCGAAGGCAGCGUUAAUGAAUGAACAGGAGAACAAGUUCAAGGACAGUGAAGCUUCAAUUAUCUCAUUACAGAGCUCGAAAGAAUAUUUGGAGAAGCAGAUAGCAGAGGUUGAAAACAAUUUGAGAGAGCUGUUACAACAAGAUCCUGGUCUUGCACGUCAAAUUAUGUCGAUGAAUGUAUGAUGUAAACUUCCUAUGAUUGAGAUUAACAACCAUUGUCCCGUAAGUCCUUAUUUAGGGCAUUCGAGCAAAUAGAAAAUUCACGACAUGAGAAUGCAAAGGAAUGAGUUGCCUGCUUUAGUGAAUGAUUUGCUACCCUCUUUGAAAUGUUUAGUUUGACUUUGUAGGAUUGUUGUAUGUUAUCUUAAUUUGUAGAUGAUCAUGUUACAUGUUUGCAAUUUCAUAUAAAAUUGUGAGACUUAGGUGUGCUUAUCCAAGCAGAAA